AUGACCGAGCCCGAGGACCUCAAUUUCACCGCGUUCACCGACCUCUGCCGCCUGUGCUCGCUGAAGAGUGGGCCCAGGCUUCACAUCUUCGACAAGGAAUCUGAACAGCGGCAGAUCCUUUUCAAGCUUAGAACUUGCCUUCCAACUAUGCAGAUAUCAAAGGACGACUUUCUGCCGAAGAAGAUCUGCGAGCGAUGCGUCACUCGCCUGGAACAGCUGUACGAGUGGCGUCAGAGCUGCAUGAGUACAGACUCCGUACUCAGGAAUUAUGCGGAGUCCAUGAGGAUUGUCACGUCUACCAUCAAUUUUCAGGAUGGUACCGUGAACAUGGAUAAGAUGACGGAAGCCCAAAAGACAGCCUAUUUGGAGGCGCAUGUGGCCGUACAACAACAUAUGGCACAAGCUGCUGCUGCUGCCCGUCGUGAACAACAACAACAACAACAACAGCAACAACAGCAGCAGCAACAACAGCAGCAGCAACAACAACAGCAGCAGCAGCAGCAACAACAACAACAGCAACAGCAGCAGGCGCAACAGCAGCAACAACAGCAACAACAGCAGCAGCAGCAGCAGCAGCAGCAACAGCAACAACAACAGCAACAACAGCAACAUCAACAGCAUCAACAACAACAAAAUAAUGCUUCGAACAAUACACGUCAUCACCAAGAAAUGCAACAAGCUCAAAAUCCUAGUAGUGCUCACCAAGGUCAUCCAUCCCCACCAACUGUGACAUCGACACAGCACUAUGCGAGCAUGAACUCCCCAAUUAAGGUGCCCGUGGUGAGCUCCAGCACGGGUGGGCCAGAUAGCACCUUCACAGUGCCUGAUGACGUCGGUAUGGGUUUUGAGGGCGGUGUGCGUGUGUUGCAGAGUCUUGGCAAUUGGUCACCGGAAGUUACGAAUACCAUUCCGAGGCCAAACCUAAUACCAUUCACUGAGCCGUAUGCCGAAGGCGGUUCUAUGCAUCCUGGCACACGACUAAAAGCACUACAGAGCAGCGCAGUCAGAAAACAUCCCGCCAUUAAGCCCACGAGCUCUACAAACGAAGGAAGCAAAGCUUUUGAGUGUACCGUUUGUGGAAAGGGAUUAGCAAGGAAAGACAAGCUGACGAUACACAUGAGAAUUCACACAGGAGAAAAACCUUACGUGUGCGAAGUGUGUAACAAGGCUUUCGCUCGUCGAGACAAGCUAGUCUUGCACAUGAACAAGUUGAAGCACAUUACACCAUCGAACAUAGCACCACUGGGAAAGCGUUCCAUAUCAAUACCACCUUUAAAACUAGACGAUGUUAAGCCGCAAUUACCAAAGCAAGAGGAUACAAAACCUAGUCAAGCGGAAAUUGCUGCCGCAGCGCAACAACAGCAACAGCAACAACAACAGCAACAACAGCAACAGCAACAGCAACAGCAGCAGCAACACUCGCACCAACAAGCGAUCCAGGUGUGCCAGGUACCCGGACACAACUUUACGAACACAAACCUGGUCCACACGAGCGCUGCCUCCGCGGCUGUAGCGGCGGCGACCGCGGGCAUGGUGGUGUCCUGGUCGUGCGAACUUUGUGGGAGAUUGUUCGCGACACGUGAUGAAUGGAGCGCGCACGCUAAAUCGCAUCUACCCGAUACCAAAUUACUACAGGAUAAGAUGCAGCAGGCUACGCAACAUCAGCAACAACAAGAAAAAGUGCACCUUACAAAUCAAGAGAAACUCCAGCUCCUUCAUCAUCACAAUCAAAAUCAGCAAUUACUGAACGGGCACGGGCUAGCCACUGCCUCCGUAUCUACCGCAACGGUAGUCAACGAGGGCAGUGGAGGAGCUGGUGGGACGUACUUCACCCAUGGACACACACACUAUGCUCCCGAGAGACAACACACACAUGCGCACCAUCUGUGCCUUAUGUGUAGACAGGAGUUCGCUGGGAAAGCGGAGUUCAUGUUCCACGUGCGGGGUCAUUUCGAGGGCAAAGUGAGUGAUAUCGCGGCGGCUGAUGUGCUAGCUCGUUCUCUUGUGGAUAAUUCUGGACUGUGCACCUGA